AUGUCAGGACCUCCUUCCUAUGAAGAUGUCGCCCAGUGGGGCAGCUGUGCUGGCCUACUUUGGCUCGUUGUGUUAUGGAUGCUUAAGAAUGUUCAUUCUCUGAUUGAUCGUAAUACUUCAGUCUGUGAUGUGGUUCUUCAUGCUGAUGCCAUCCACAAGGAGGUGGUCAGGUCAUUCCCACUGCUAGGACACUCAUCUAUGCUUCCCAGCUCACUGCCAAGCCAAGCCUCCUUGAAACCUGUAUAUCUUGUUGAAAUCCAAGCUCCAGAGCAGACUGUUAGUGGUAUCUACGGUGUUCUUAAUCAGAAACGUGGGCACGUGUUUCAGGAAAUGCAGAGGCCUGGUACUCCACUGUACAAUAUGAAGGCAUACCUCCCCGUCAUUGAAUGUUUUGGGUUCUCUGGUCAAUGA